AUGUCUUCAGAGCAUGGAGUUCACAAACGACAUCAUAACCCAGUGGACAGUAUAUGCAGAAAGAUCAAAUCUAUACAAAUGAGGGAUCAAGUCCCUAACCCUGCUUUGCAGAUACCAAAAUUUCAGUCCCAGAACUUUGACAGUCCACAGUGCAAUAUCAAAAAAAAUCUAGAAGAAAUACUGAAGAAAAGAACUUUUAGAAGUCAUGAUAGUACUAGUCCACACUUAAUCAGUGCCAGCAGUGGCAGUGUUUUCUCUGAAGACUUCCAGUUGCUGUCACCUCGUUUCAGGCAUAUGUCUGACUCCUCUUCUGCAAAUGCUUCCUCUUCAAUCAUGAAAAGUAAAGACAGAUCCAGCCACUCCUGGACACCAGUAUGCUCCAUGGAGAACUCUUCUCCAUCCUACUUCAGACCCAGAGAGGCUAAUACCCAGAACAAACUGUGUGCUUUAUCAAAUAUUGAAUAUAAAGACGUGCCUUGUGAACAGAAGUAUCUUACAUCAAGUCCAGAUUUAUAUUUCUUCACAACAGAUAAAAAGUCAGAAAGUACCGUGAUCCAGUCUCCUGUGUCGAAGAGAUUAUCUUUCAGUGAAACAGGAAGGAAGAGGUCACUGGGGUACAAAGCUGACAACAUGCAUGAUGUGAGCUUGAUCUGUGAAGAAGACCUACUGAUGACGAUCUUCUAUGCAUGUGACAUAGAGCGCACAGGAAGAGUAGCAGUUUCCAGGAUAGUUGAUUAUCUGAGACACACAACUAGUCGGGAAUUGGAAGAUAGUGGUCUUGAGGAGUUGUGCAACAUGCUUGACCCAGAUCAGAAAGAUGUCACCAUAGACCUCGAAACAUACCAUGCCAUCAUGAAAGAGUGGACUGAAGACUGUAAGAGAAAAUGGGAAGAUGGUGCCACUGAGGAACCCACAGCAAGCAUGGAAGACCUGGAAUUUAAAGUGCAUAAAAACACUUCUGAAGUGAAAAAGACGGAUGCCUGGAUGAAUGUUACAUCAGGAAGCUUGGAGGCCUUUGGGGGUGAUGUAUCUAAAGGAGACAUGGAGACUUCUGACUUGAUAACUUGUGUUGCGGACCUGCAGUACAACAACCAGAAGCUUCAGGAAGAGAACAGCGAGCUGAAGCUCACACUAGAAGCUAUGGAUGAAGCCAACAAUAAGCUAUUGGCAGAUAAUGAGGAUCUACGUCAACAAAUAAAAAGCAUCCAGCAUUCUGUGCUGAAAGCCAAAAUGCUGGAAGAAGAACUAGAAGAAGUAAAACAUAACCUGAACUUGUCAGAAGAGAAGAGACAGCAGAUUCUCUGCCACAAUAAACAGCUGAAUAUUAGGAAUAGCAUGGACACCGAUGGACUUCAAAGGAAGAUUUUGGAGCUGUCUAAAAAUGCAGCUGAGCUUCAACUAUUUGAGAAAAAUACGUUAGAAAGCCAUGCUUUGGCUGAUGUUGCUGAAACUGUUAGUCUGGACAGACAAGAAGAAGCAAAGGUCCAAGCACAUAUCUUUGAGACCACUGCGGUAAAUAAAGAGGCAAGCUUGAUGCAGGUUCUCAAGCAAGAACUAGGAGAAAAAAGGCACCUUUGGAUCCAGAAACUUCAUCUCUUGGAAAAAUACAAAGAAUCUCUAGAUAAGGAUUUUAUUCAAAUGGCGAGCAACCUGAGGAGAACAAAGACAGAGCAAUUUCACCUAAAGAAAGAGCUUUCUGCCAGGCAACGUGAGAUGGAAACUGUCAAACAGCUACAGGAAGAAACUGCGGGUCAGGCAGAAGCCGUUGGUUUAGAGCUGCAAAAAGCUAUAAAACAGCUUGAGGAUGCCAGCAAACAGGCAGAGGAUCAUGUUGAAGCCUUUCACUCUGCCUGUGAGGAAGCUGCAUCCUUGAAACGCAAGUUAGAGGAAGCCAUUUCUGAGCAGCAAAAACUCAAGGAUGUGAAUGCAGCUUUAAGAAGCACUUGCCAGUUGCUUCAAGAAAAGGUGGAAGACCAGAAAAGAGCGGAUCUGACCAAGAAGGAAUUCCGCCCCAUGAUGGAAGAACACAAAACUACAUUUCAAAAUGCUUUAAAGCAAGACCCGGAGGUGCACCAGGAAAAGAAAAAUAAUAAAGAGCGGAGUGACGAAGCAUCAGCUGUCGUUCCCAGUAAGAAAGGGAGCUCACCCACUGCAGGUGGCAUUAAAGCAGAUAAAACAAAGCAAAAUGAGCCUGACUCUCCUAAUGAGAAAGAAGUGGAGGCUGAAUUUCUGAGAUUGUCUUUAGGUUUUAAAUGUGACUUGUUUACCUUGGACAAAAGAGUGAGGCUUGAAGAAAGGUCCCGAGACUUGGCUGAAGAAAAUUUGAAAAAGGAGAUCACAAAUGCUCUAAAGAUGUUAGAGGCUUUAUUUCCUUUGUGUGAAGAAGAUAACCAAGCACAGGAGAUUAUCAAGAAGCUGCAAAAAAGCUUGCAGUUCCUUAGCCAAUAUGCAGCCCGAGUUGCCAGUAAAGCAGAGAUGUUGGGAGCUAUUAACCAGGAGAGCCGUGUCAGCAAGGCUGUGGAAGUCAUGAUUCAACAUGUGGAAAACCUGAAGCGCAUGUACGCAAAGGAACAUGCAGAACUCGAGGAGCUAAAACAGGUCCUGCUCCAGAAUGAGAGAUCCUUUGGUUCUCUUGGAGAUCGAGAUGAGUCUACGAAUAAAAAGCUACCGAACUCUUUUAACUUUAAGCCAUUGUCAUCCCUUCGAAGAGUUAGCAUUGCAACGUUGCCUAGGAGUGCUGGAAAUGCAGGUACUGGGUUGCCACUGGCCCAACUCCAUGAACCUGACGGAGAUGAACGGAGUGAUAAAUUCAACAGGAGAUCAAGCAGUUGGGGACGACUGGGAGCAAAGCAAAAUGAGAAACGUCCUUCACUGCAGCGGUUUAUUAGCACGUAUUCCUGGGCAGAGUAUGAAGAUGAACAUUCUGAAGCCAAAAACGAGCAGACGGAAUCACCUACUGAAGCACAAGAAGAACCAUCCAGGAAGGAAAGUAUCUCUGAAAAAGGAAAAUAUUCAUCAAAAUGGAACCUAGAGUCAGUGUGCAGUUUAAUGUCAUCGUGGGCAUCCCAUUUCAAGAAUUCCUUUUCCAAUGCUAACAAAACCCUCUGGGUUUCUGUUUCCAUUCUGGUACUGCUCGCUGCUCUUACAAGCUUCCUCACUGGGCUGUCUCUUCAAAGACCAGCAGAUGCAGCACCUGUUGGAACUGGGGACUCCUGGACUUCACUACAGCAGCUGUUGUGGCCAUAUACAGGACUUCAACACAAUGGACCGCCCCCAAUAUAA